GUCUUCAGUUCCGAGUUGAAUGUCGUUCGCUUCACAGGUGUCGUCUCCACGCUCUUCCGCUUUUCCCACCAACGACCAUCGAUUCAAAAAUAUAUAACAACCGACAACAACCCCCAUAAUAAAAUCAAAGAAUUAAAAAAACAAAAACAGAACCAACUCGUUCGUGAUUUUCGCAGUGUGUCGUGUAGUGCUUGUAAUUGUGUGAGUGUUGCCAGUUGGAAAACUUGGAAAUUCGUUUCCCCACACGCCACGUUGAUGCUUCGACUUUUGACAACGUGAUCGUUUGAGUGGCCCGUGAGAUGAUUACCACGACGCCGAGUGUCUGAAAUUUCAAUUUUCGAAACCGCCAAUAAUAUUCGUCGUCUUGUGGACACGUGUGUGUGGGCGAGCGCGCGAUCGGAGGAUUAAAAGUGAAAUCCAGCCAUCAACAAUUUUGUUACGAGGUGGGAAAAAAUCAGAAAAACGAAUUGUGAAGGUCUUCCCGUGUGUGCUGUGCUGUGCUGUGUGUGUGUGAGAGUGUGUGUCGAUUUGCAUAACGAACGCCUUUUUGAAUGGAGGCGAUUCGGCGACCGUGUCGGACGAUCUCGACAGUCGAGUCGACGACGACGACAAUGAAGAAGAAGAAUUUCUGCCAAAGUUGUUGUGCCGGUCAUCAGAGUCAAAGAAGGAAAAGCAGUUCGUGUUUACCGUCGAGUUCAAUGUCGUUCACAUCAUCCGCCGUGAUUUGGAUAGCCCUACUCUUAUCCACCGCUCACCUGACGUUGGCAAGCGCGUCGGGCUUCUUCGAACUGGAAGUGGUAGCGUUGCAGAAUCCUCAGGGUCGACUGGCCAAUGGCCAAUGCUGUGGACUAGUAGCCGGUGAGGAGACCAGUAGCACCUGUCAACGUGAAUGCGCCACUCAUUUCCGACUGUGCCUCAAGGAGUACCAAAGUAACGUGACCGUCUCAAGUCCGUGCACCUACGGCAAUGCAUCAACUCCCGUCCUGGCCGGCAAUUCCUUCACGUUUGUCGAACCGGACAAAUCCAACGCCAGACUCGUCAUCCCCUUCUCUUUCCGCUGGCCGAGGUCCUUCACCCUGAUGCUGGAAGCGCUCGACUACAGAAACUCUACACGACAAUCAGGUGAAAUCGAGCGGGCCGUUUAUUCGGGAAUUUUGGAGCCGAGCGCCGAUUGGCACUCGCUGACUCACGAAGGAUCGGGAGCCAACAGCGACUUGCGGCUCACGUACCGCGUGAGGGUUCAAUGCGAACCGCACUACUACAGCGCCACGUGCACGAAAUUAUGCCGGCCGAGGGACGACCUGUUCGGCCAUUGGGAAUGCGACCGCAACGGCGAUAAGACCUGUAUGCCGGGAUGGACUGGGACCAGCUGCGAUACAGUUGUUUGCAAAACUGGCUGCCAUCCCAUCAACGGCGACUGCAAAGAACAACCCUUAGAGUGCAGGUGCCGACCGGGUUGGCAAGGUGAAUUUUGCGACCAGUGCGUCACUUACCCGGGCUGCAAGCACGGUUACUGCAAUGGCCCGUUUCAGUGCCUCUGCGAGACCAACUGGGGUGGCUACCUCUGCGAUCAAGAUUUGAAUACUUGCGGGACUCGGCAGCCCUGCCGCAAUGGCGGCACUUGCGAGAAUACCAAUCCGGACCAGUACCAGUGCAAGUGUCCCGAAGGAUUUUCCGGCAUCAACUGCGAGGUGGUGGACAACGUCUGCGCCACGGCUCCUUGCCUUCACGGCGGCACUUGUACCGUUACAACCACCGUCGUGACCAAUGGCAUCAGCGACAGCACCGGAGGAGGAUCAUUCAACUGCACUUGCCCGCCCGGAUGGACUGGAGACACCUGCCAAAUCAAGGUGGACGAAUGCCAGUCGUCGCCGUGUCUGAACGGCGCGACCUGCGUCGACCUGGAGAACGGCUACCGCUGCCAGUGCACGGAAGGCUGGCAAGGCGACACAUGCGAUCAAGAUGUGGACGAGUGCUCGAUGCCCGAGCUGUGCAGAAACUCGCUCGGCUGCGAAAACACACCUGGCAACUACACCUGCCGCUGCGUCACGGGCUUUCACGGCCGCCAGUGUCAGUACAACGUCAACGACUGCAACGGACAUCACUGCUUGAACGGAGCCACUUGCAUUGAUCUCAUUGGCGAAUACCACUGCGCUUGCCGACCCGGUUUCAACGGUCAUCGGUGCGAGAUCAACAUCGACGAAUGCGCCAGCCGGCCGUGCGCUAAUGGCGGCGAGUGCGUCGACCUAGUCGACGGCUUCAAGUGUAUCUGCCCUCUAGGCUACACCGGCUCCCAAUGCCAGCAGACGGAUACGGAUUUGUGCCAUCCGAACCCGUGCGCCAACGGCUCGCCGUGCUUCAACACGCUCGGACUUCUCGGCGGACCCGACUACUAUUGCCUCUGUCAGAGCCACUGGCAAGGCAAAAACUGUUCACGAUACCGGCCGCCCCCUCCGCCUCCCCCGCCUCCAUCCAGCCCUAGUCUACAGGCGGGCAGUUGUUGGACGUCCAAGGGUGCCGGACAUUGCGUCCACGGUCGUUGCGUCGCGUCAGAAGAUGGAUCGACUUUCUCGUGCCAAUGCGAUCCGGGCUAUUCUGGACAGUUUUGCACCGACAACGUUAACGACUGCGCUGAUAGCCCUUGCCGAAAUGGCGGUACCUGCAUCGACGGCAUCGACUCGUUUCACUGCGUCUGCCCAAAAGGUUACGACGGACUCACCUGCGAUCACAACGUGGACGAUUGUGCCAGCAGUCCGUGUCGUCACAACGGCACCUGCGUCGACUUGGUGGCCGAUUUCGUUUGCCGCUGCGUCGACGGCUGGAAAGGCCGCACUUGCUCCAACCGCAACCAGCACUGCCAGGACGGAGAGAAUCCGUGUCUCAACGGAGCCACCUGCGUCGAUGACUCAGAUCCCGAAGCCGGAUUCACGUGCCGCUGCUCCAGCGGAUGGAAAGGCUCCAUCUGCCAUCUCGCGGAGCACAUGCCUUGCGAUGCUCAUCCGUGCCGCAACGGCGCCACCUGCUUGAACACGGGCCAGUCGUUCACCUGCGUCUGCAAAGACGGAUACGAAGGUCAACACUGCCAAAUGGAGCAGAGACAAACGGCGGCGUCGACGACGACAAGUCCGGCAAGUUGCCAAUGGUCGGGCCGCCUUUAUCCGGACAACUCGUCGUGGGACGAUGGAUGCAACAAGUGCCAGUGCCGCGCAGGCCAGGCCGUCUGCACUCGCGUGUGGUGCGGGCCAGCCAACUGUCUCGACGACCCCAUCAAUCACGUUGGCAAAUCUUGCGGACCCUCGGAAAUUUGUCUUUCGGCCCAGUCUGGAUGCUUGCGACCGCCUUGUCCGGCUUACGGACAGUGCCGACCGCUCAAGCCCGGCAGGCUCUUACCCGUUCCCGCCGCCACCGCUUCUUGUUGGCCCAAUCUGACGGGCAACCGAUUGGCUCCCACCUGCGCUCGCCUGACUCUGGUUCUCGACCGGUACAGGGCCCAGCCGGGAUUCUCUGUCCAGUCGUUGUGCGGUCAUUUGCGCAAAUUGGCGGCCGCUCAGAGCCAUCUUUGGGACAAUUUCCCCGGGCAUCAGCAGCAACACAUGGAGAGGCCGUCGUUGGUCAUCCUCUGCGAUCUCAAGGACCACCAGGACGAUGUCGUUCAAGUCACUAUCUCCAUGUCGGAGACGUCGAUGGAACUUGGAGGAAGCCGGGCGACGGCCGCCGCCCGGGUACUUGGCAACGUGCUGACGGCCUACUACAAGGAAGGAUCGUCGAUGGGAGCUGUGGUGGACGUCAAAGUUGAAACGCCUUACUCCGAUGAAAUUGAAUUGGUGCUGGACUCAUCGUCUGCCCAGAAUCAUCCUUCGUCGGACUCGUCCGGCAGUAGCAAUUACGUCGUGGCAAUAGUCUGUGCCAUAUUGGCCGGUCUGGUCGUCGUGGCCGGUUUGCUCCUCUUGCUCCUGUGGAGACUCCGCAAGCGCCCGGCUCUCCACUCGCCUUCGCUCAGCGUCAACAGCUCAAUGGAUCGCACCGUUGAAAAGUCCAACAAUCUUCAAAACGAGGAGAACCUGAGGCUGCAGCAGCGUCGCAUGAAGACCCUGAACGUGGCCGAGCUGGUCGACCACCCGGCCAAAGGAAGUAGUCUGGGCCUGUCGAAGAAGUUGAGCAAAGUGGAUGACGUCGUGGUGCCGCACGACGACUCAUCGUCGGACGAGUACGGCCGGAGGGACACGAUCGAGUCGAGUCCCAUCUACAAAGCGCCCAUCAGUGUCGAUGUGCGGAACAAUAUCCACAUGGCGGCGAGAGCUGGCCAGAUGAUGGACAAGGAGCUUAGCCUCAAAGUCGUUGUCGUGUGAAAGAAACAAAAAAAGAAUGGGCGCUCCCGUUUCCUCUUCCUGUCCAAUCGGAUUCUGUCUCAAGUCCAGUGAAUUUCAAUGUUGUAAAGAAGAAAACAAAACACAAGGAGGAUAACACACAACAACAA